UGUCAAACAUAAAGUGAAGUGAAGGAGAAGGAAGCAGCAACAGAGUGAAACACAGUUCAACUAGCGGAGAUUAAAAAUAUGAAGGCAGUCAACUUUGUGUUAACAAUGUAUUUGGUUGCGUCCUGCUCGAAGACGGGACUGAUGGUGAACAGCGAGACACAUUCCCUCUUUUACACCUACACGGCUCUCUCCAAACCUGUCGGACUCCCGGGCAUCCACCAGUUCUCAGCCAUGGGUCUGCUGGACGGCAGGAUGAUCGACUACUUUGACAGCGAGCACCAGAAGAAAGUUCCCAAACAGGACUGGAUGAAAGAGAGACUGCCUGCAGAUUACUGGGACAAAGGGACACAGUCCCGUCAGAGAAAGCAGCAGAGUUUAAAAAUCAACCUCGACAUCCUGAAGACACGAAUGAGACAGAAUGACUCAGACGUCCAUGUUCUUCAUUGGAUGAGCGGCUGUGAGGGCGACAUGCAGCCCAACGGCAGCAUUACGUUUCACCGCGGUAAGGACAUUUACAGCUACGAUGGAAACGACUUCCUGUCCUUCGACGACACCAACAAAGUCUGGGUUGCUGUGACUGAAGCAGCCAUCCGGACAAAGGAGAAGUGGAAUAACCAGGUCCUAAUAGAAGUCACCAGGCAGUACCUGGAGAACGAGUGCAUGGAUUCGUUGAGCAAGUUUGUGGGUUAUGAGCAAACGCAGCUACAAACCGCCCCUCCACCUGAGGUCUUCAUGUUCUCAAAGGAAACCACAGUUGAGUCAAAGGUCAUGUUGACGUGCCUGGCCACAGGUUUCUACCCAAAAGACAUCAUCCUGAACAUCAAGAGAAACUGUCGUGUUCUAACUAAAGAGGACGGAGUGUUUUAUUUUGGCGUUCGACCAAAUGAAGACGACACCUUCCAGAGAAGAGACAGUGUGGAGAUUUUAAGGAGCGACACGUCUACAUUCACCUGUGAAGUGACUCAUCCUGCAUCCAGGUUACAUGUUCAGAAGGAAUGGGAUCAUAAACUACCUCCUGAUGUACCUGGACAAUCACCCAGCAUUACUGUGCUGGUGCUGGUGCUGUCCGUUGUGGUGCUGCUGGCUGUUUACUUGUACAGAAAAUUCAGAAAUGCUGCUGACAACAGUGGACCCAACACUGCCCAAGGAGCUGGACCCGACCCUGUCCAAGCCACCAGCUCAAAUAACCAAAACACUAUCUCAGUGCAAAGUCUUCUGGAACAGAGGGAUGAGGAUCAAGACUGAAGUCUCUGCAGAUUGUAAUAUAAUAUUAUUAUUACAUAUAAUAAUAUCAUUUGACAGGGGUCUGUCUGGAUCUUGGUUUUUAAAUUAAUCAGUAUUAAACUACAUACAGGAAGGGACAUUAUUUAUUUUGACUGAAUUGAUUCAUAGCCAUUUACAGUGCCUUUUUGGAAUUUACUACUAAUCAAAGUAAACUUCACAUUACUGCCAACAAUUUUGAUAGGAAAACUCUUUUGGUUUCAUUUAAUUUUAAUAUUUUAUUUUUUAUUUUAUGUUGUGAAAACAAACUUGAAUUGAAUUUAGACUUGCUUAAGAUGUCAAGUCAACAUUAUGUUUGCUUAUAACUGACAUUAAUUAGAUAGAACGGAUGUUUGGUUUGGUGGAUUAUGUAACCUGAGUUUGUUUUUACAAGACUAGAAGUGAAUGGAAACCAAUAGCUUUUGAGUGAGAGAUAAUCAGGGAUAAUUUAAGUGCUGCUUAUCAUUUAAAACUGUUCAAGUUUUAAAUGAUCAUGAGUGAGAGAUAAUCAGGGAGAGAUAUCAUUUAAAACUUUAUUUAAAAAGUUUUAAAUGAGCUCUUGAAAAAAUGUCUUUGAAGCUGCUGAUUGUAAAAUGUGCUCACUUAGUGUUUUGGAUUUAUGAAAGGACUUUAAAUCACUAAACUUAUUACUGUUAAAAAGUUUUACUGUUAACAGAUUA